AGUACCGGGAGCGAACAUGGCUUUGAAAGGACAGGUCGAGAGUUUAACCGAGGAGGCAAUUUGUCCCAUCUGCCUGGAUUUCUUCACUGAACCUGUCAUUCUGGAGUGUGGACACAACUUCUGCCGCUCCUGCAUCAGACAGUGUUGGGAAAGGGGGGAGAGAAACUCCUGUCCGGAAUGUAGAGAGGAGAUUGCGGACCGCACCCUCAGGGUCAAUCGGGCCUUGGCAAAUCUGUCUGAGAAAGCUCGAAAACUAAACCUGAAUCCGAAAGAGAAGGAAAGUAAACGUUACUGCGAGGAACAUGAGGAAGAGCUGAAGCUGUUUUGUGAGACGGACAAGACACUGAUCUGCGUGAUCUGUGCGACUGCGCGGGAACACAAGUCCCACAACUUCAUGCCGGUUAAAGAAGCCGUUCAAGUCUACAAGGAUCGGGUUAAAUCUUCCUUCGACUCUCUCACAAAAAACAAAGCAGACUUCGAAGAAAUGGAAAAGCAACAGAAGGAGAAGAUUUCCGGAGUUCGGGAACAGUCACACAUCCUUCAGUCCCACGUCACAUCACAGUUUGCUGAACUGCACCAGAUUCUCACUGAGAAAGAGCAGCAGGUACUCAGAGAUCUCAGGGAAGAAGAGGAGAGGAUUCUAAAUCCAAUGGAGAAAAAUCUUCAAGAGAUACAAAAGAAUUUAAAUUCUAUCCAGGAGGAGAUCUCAAGGUUACAGGAACAGAUGGAUCAAAAAGAGAGUGUGAUAUUUCUCAAGGAGGAAACUCGUCGGAAGAGGAGAAUUACUGACAACAUCGAGCAAUUGUCAGUAACAGACGGUGCCCUUCCAGUUGAAAAAUUCGAUCAUCUCUAUUUAUUGAACAGUGCGUUGAGAGAAACACUUGAUGACAUUAAUCGAGUCUGUGUCACCCUGGAUGUGGAAACGGCGCAUCCGUGUCUCGAGGUGUCUGAGGAUCGGAAGAGUGUGAGAUGGACCGGGACCCGGAGGAAUCUCCCUGACACCGGGAAGAGGUUCACAGUCCGGGUUUGUGUACUGGGAUCGGAGGGAUUCACAUCGGGGAGACAUUACUGGGAGGUGGAGGUGACGGGGAAUCGGGUCUGGGAUCUGGGAGUCGCCGCAGAGUCUGUGGAGAGGAAGGGAGGGGUCAAAGUGAGUCCGGAGACCGGAUUCUGGACCAUCGCGCGGGUUGAUGACGAGAUGUGGGUUCUCACCUCCCCUGCGCCCCGUCUCCCUGCCGGUCCCAUCCCCGGGAGGGUGGGAGUUUAUCUCAGUUACGAGUCCGGGACAGUUUCAUUUUACAACGCGGAGACCAAGUCCCAUCUCCACACCUUCACUGGGAAUAAAUUCACGGAGAAACUUUAUCCUGCAUUCGCGAUUGGAUAUGAAAACGAGUGGCUGAGAAUCUGCUCCAGUUCCGCUCCGGGUCUGUAAACGGGUCGGGUCCGGGAUCGGCGUCCGGAGUAAAUCAGUGGAAAUAUAAAUGUGCAGAGAGUGAAAUAAACACGAUGUGAGAAUUAUCGAUCCAUUAAUUUUAACUGGUUCACCACAUCCGUCAACGGAACAGAAACACGGCGGAUUCAGCAGCAGCCGCGGGCUGCGGGUCCUGAGCUCCCCGGCUCCCCCGGGUGCUAAAUCCACCGGGACUGACAGGGUAACUGGGGCAAGUGGUGGUGGUGCUGACUGGAAGGGGGAGGUCAGGGUGAAUCUUGAUAACACGGGACUUGUAGAGUGGUAACACACAAAGCGCCGGAUAUUCACAGCGUAUCUACGAACAUCUCAACAACAGUUAUAUCACUUUGGAUACUGUUGUGGGGGAUGACCUGGCAGAGGAAAGUCACCGCGUAGGGUCUCUGGCACUGAGUCUGCCUCUGAGACUCUGAAGGGAAACCGACAGAAGAGCUGCGCUGUGUGAUAGGGGGUUCAUCAGUUAGGGGAACAUAAAGGAGGUUCUGUGGGUGAGAAUGAGAUCCCCGGAUGGUAUGUUGCCUCUCGGUGUCAGGGACCAGGACAUCUCACAUCGAGUCGUCAGCAUUCUUCAGUGAGAUGGUGAACAGCCAGAUGUCGUGGUCCACGUAGGUACCAAUGAUACGGGUAUGACGAGUGACAGGUCCUGCACAGGGAACUCUGGGAAUUCGGUGCCAAGUUAAAGGGCAGGACCUGAGAACUAGGAAGAUGAUACAGUUUAACUCGUGACUAAGUAAUUGGUGUAGGGGGAAGGGCAUGAAUUUUCUGGAUCACUGGUCUCUCUUCCAGGGGAGGUGGGACCUGUACAGCAGGAACUGUUUGCACCUGAACUGGAAGGGGAUUCAUAUGCUUGGAAGACAGUUUGUUAAUGCUACAUGGUGGGGUUUGAACGAGAGUUGCAGGGGAUGUGGAGAAGUUGUUGAGAUAGAGGUUGGUAAGUCCUGGGAACAAGUCAGGAAUGAAAAUGUUGAGCAGUAACUGGUAUCCUGAGCUGUGUAAAUAUCAAUAAAUGAAGUGCCGUAGGAAAGGGGAAUGAGCUCAGGGCAUGGAUCAACACCUGGAAUUAUGAUAUUGUAGCGUACUGGGAGGGGUGUGGUCGCCUGCUGCUGAGAAAUAAGAAAGGUCUUAACACAUUAAUGGGAUUAUAUCACAGACCAGCCAACCAUCCUGGGGAUUUAGAGGAACAAAUUUGUAAUGAGAUCUCAGACCGUAGCAACAAAUAUAAUGUUAUAGUUGGUGAUUUUAACUUUCUACCUAGUGACUGAGAAUCCCAGAUAUUGACUGGGUACCAGAGGACUGCAGGAUAAAAAAGCCUCAGGACUCGCGCCACCAAGUUCAAGAACAGUUACUACCCCUCAACCAUCAGGCUCUUGAUCAAAAGGGGAUAGCUACACUCAUUGAAGGACUCUGUUAUAUUGUUAUUUCAUGCUUGUUUAUUGCUAUUUAUUUAUAUUUGCACAGUUUGUUUACUGUUUACAGUUACUGUUCUAUGGACUUGCUAAGUAUACCCACAGAAAAAGUAUCUCAGGGUUUGUAAGUGGUGACAUGUAUGUACUCUGAUAAUAAAUUUU